AACCACAGCCAGUGCAACGGCCAGAACUGGCCGUUCGGCGUGUGCUGCAAGGACGCGAACUUUGAGUGCAACAAGAAGAACGACUACCUGUCGCUCUGCGAGCCCAAGAAGAAGCAGGAGAUGGCUGCGGAAGCCGCCAUGAUCGAGGCGUGGCAGCAAUGCGGCGGCAAGGACUGGGUCAACCCCGGGUACCCGCGCUGCUACACGGGUCUCCGCUGCGUGUUUAUCAACGACUGGUACUCGCAGUGCCAGCCGGGCGAGCAGCCCAACACGCUCGACAAGUACGCGCAGUGCGGCGGCAAGGGCUUUGACGCCAAGGGCAAGUCGUGCCGUAUGGAAGACGAGUGCAAGGCCAUCAACGAGUACUACUCGCAGUGCCAGACCCGCAUGGGCAUGAUGGACGGCCAAGCGGGUGUCGUCGCUGUCUGGCAGCAGUGCGGCGGCAACGGCUACAAGGGCGAUACGUCGUGCACGACCGGCAACGAAUGCGUCAAGAUCAACGACUGGUACUCGCAGUGCAAGCCGGCGGCGACGGCGGCCGAUCGGUUCGCGACGUGGGCCCAGUGCGGCGGCCGCAACAACAACUUCCAGGCCAACGGCAAGAAGUGCCGCGACGAGGACAAGUGCGAAAAGUACAACGACUUCUUCUCGCAGUGCAUCCCCAAGUAGAUUGACGACCUUUGCUCGGAUCCGUUUUGGUUUAAUCUAUAAGAUCUAGAUGUUCUUUUAUCACUAUCGUCAAGAUGGACGAGGGACAAG